AUGCCAGAUAACGAAACCUCAGACAAGUCGAGCGAACUGGCCGCUGCGCUCGAUUCCGGCACUGGGAUCUCCACCUACAAUGUCCCCAAUAGAGCCUCCGAUCCCUCAGCCCUAGGGUUGGAUGACGAAGAGGAGGAUUUUGUGCAGAAAUACGGAUCCAUCCAAGUGGUUUACAUCAAGAAACCCAAGCACUCGCCGUGGUGGACAAGACCAUAUGCGCUCAACUACUUCUACAACGGGACAUU